CGUCCCCUCACUUUCACUGAGUCAGACUGAGAAAGACUUCCCUGCGGGAAUCCUCACAGAGUUCAGAGGUGAUCUGGGUUCAGCACCACGGACAGCGACUCGCAGCGGCUCCCGCGCGCCGCCCUCAGAGCUCUCAGUCCGGGGUUCCCUCCUCGCACCCUCCGCUGUCAAGAUGGUGCUCCACCACCGCCGACCUUCGAAGCGCUUCAUCUGGGUUUAGUUCGGCCAGAGCACAGCACCAGCUGUAGACAUGUCAGUGACCACACAAACUUCCAUUCGGAACCAGAGUUGAAGAGCAUCUCAGAACCAGAAGAUCGACAAACGACCAUGUGGAUCGCAAACCUGCUGCUGCUGCUGGUUUAUCUGGACCCUCUCAGCGUGCUCGGUGCCGCCCCGAAGAAGCCCAAACAGCCGACCAAGAAGCCUGCCAGGACCACCCCGGUGCCCACGGUGGUUCCGCAGAAGACGCCCGCUCCGGCUCCGGUCAGCACCCAUGACACCUGCCUGGGCUACUACGACGUCAGCGGGCAGUAUGACAAGAUGUUCGAGUGCAACAACACCGACCAUCGAUACUGCUGCGGGACCUGCUACCUGCGGUUCUGCUGCGAGUAUAAGAAGGACAGACUGGACCAGAAAGCCUGCAAAAAUUACCAGACUCCGGUGUGGGUGCAGACGGCGACGCCGUCCCCGAUACCGACCGGUGAGCCGUUCGAGUCGUACAUGGACCAGACCAACACCGCGGUCUACAUCACCUGUGGGAUCAUAGCCUUUAUCAUCGUGCUGGGAGUGUCCGUCAAAGUUGCGUACGACAAAGCCACGGAACCUCCACAGGAAAUGAAUAUUCACAGGGCCCUGGCUGAUAUCUUAAGGCAGCAGGGGCCCAUCCCAAUAUCCCAGUACGACUGCGAGAAUUUUGCAGCCAUGAAUGGCUCACCCAAAGACAACACGCCGGUCAGAACCUCAUCCAAGAAUCACUACACUCCAGUCCACAGCUCCAAAUCCAAUCACGGUCUUCAUUACGGAAAAGAAAGCGUGAGGAGCAGCGGCGGCGCCGACCUCCACAACUUCAUCUCAUCUGGCUUUGUGACGCUUGGUCGAGGCCAUCAAAAAGGAGAAAAACAUUGGCCUUCCCGCUCCCAGAGUCACCAUGGUACCCAUCAGCACAACUAUAACCAUGUGGCUUUAGGUAGCCCCACACGCACACCUAAAAAUGCUCACCGAUCUUUGCGACGUGAAAGCAAUCGGAUAAGCGGCAUCCUGACCUCGCAGACGGAGCCCUACGACCUGUCUUUCUCACGCUCCUUCCAGAGCCUGUCUCACCUGCCACCCUCCUACGAGGCGGCCGUCAAAGCCGACCUCAACCGGUUCUCGUCCCUGAAGAAACUCACAGAUAAAGAAGUUGACGAUUACUACACUCGCAAGCGCCACCUGCCAGACCUCGCUGCAAGAGGCACUCUUCCCUUACAUGUUCUGAAAAUGAGCCAGGACCAACAUAGGGAACCGCAGCAGCCGCAUCAGAGCCAGCCGCCACAGUCCACCAUCUCCCAGGCGCCUUCUCAGUCACAGUCCUCCCAGCAGCCAUCCCAACAAAGGCAGAGGCCCCGUCGAGUUCAGAGGGCUAUGUCGCAAGACCGUGUCUUGUCCCCUCAUAGGACCCCACAGCCUGAUUACAACAUGUCAUCCAACGGCGUGUCCCCGUACGGGGGCCGGAUUCUCUCGGAUGAACAGCUCCUGUCAGCCGAACGCCUUCGAUCGCAGGAACGCCUCCUUCCGCAGGACCGCUACACCUCGCAAGACCGUCUGUACUCCAAAGACCGAGUGUACUCUAAGGACAGAUUACUGUCCCAAGAUCACCUCUAUCCUAAGGACCGCCACUACUCUCAAGACCGCCUCUAUUCACAAGAACGCCUGUACUCACAAGACCGCCUUCUGUCCCAAGAUCCACUGCUCUCGCCUGACAAACUGAUGAUGUCACUGAAGCGCGGCAUGGUCAGCAGCAUCUCUGGUGGGUUUUACGGCAGCGACAAGUCAAUGUCCCGAGCCAUCUCCCACACAGAUGUGUUUAUCCCAACCACGCCCCUUAUGGAUCGCUACAAGAUGACCAAAAUGCACUCUCACCCCACUGCUUCAAACAACAGUGGCGGUGGAGGAGGCGGUGGCGCACAGGCCAGCGGGAGCACACCGCACUCCAACACGCUAGCAUUGAACCAGACUACUUCUAAAAGGCAAGCAUUUGCCUCUAGACGGACUCACACUGUGGAGCAGCUCCACUAUGUCCCACAGCACCACCAGCAGCCACAGCAACCACAACACUACCGCACAGGGAGCAAGACUGAGGUUACUGUGUAGUAUCAGCGUGGGUCCACCAGAGCCUCACAGAGAGAUGGUUAGUGCCGGGCUCGGGUGGUGAACGACACACUGGCCUUCUAUUAAAGCAAACAGGUUGGGAAUUCACUUUCUUUGACUGAGGUUCCUGCAAAAUCCACCUUUCCAGGACCAAGAUCAUCCAUUAGCUUACUGUAAGAGACCGGGACAACAAGCGACACUGUACAAUACAUACAGAGCAUCAUGGAAGGGGGACAUGUAGUAUUUUCAAGCUUUUUGGUCAACUAUUAUUUCCACCUUCUUAAUUGUUUGAAUUGUUUUCUGUGCAUUUUAAAAAUGAAACAGCAACUGUGUGUUUUCAAAACCUUUCUAUACGCCCUUUGUCCAAUAACUCAACUCUGUGACCUUUACUGACGACUCUCAAAGGGCUUUGCAUGGUUGAACUAAAUACCUCCUGUGGUGCCGCUACAGGUGACGAACCAGAACUUAUAAAUAUAUAGAUACAUGGAUUCAAAGCGACAUGCUCUGCCCAACUCACAGCUCUGUAGAAUCUCAUUGAGAGAAACUGAAAUGGAUGUUAGCACUCGCGACUGGUGCCUCUGUCAAACGGUCCAUUUCCGAAAAACAAUCGGUUUUGUGGGUUAUAAAGCACAAUCAAUGAAAAACUAUAUAUAUCUAUAUGUAUGUUCUUUUUUAAGUUUCUGAAUUGUGAUGGCUAGCUUGUUUUGUUAUCAAAGCAAUGGCAGAAUUUUUAUUUAUUGCUUCAAGUAGACGAUUGUAAAUAAGCUAAUUUAGAAGCACUAACAUGGGAAAGUCCGAACUGAACGGGACCGACUUUCUAUUAGUAUGUUUUCAAUAGAAAAAAAAAAAAUCAGCUAUAAAUGAUCACUGUUUUGUGAGUUCAGAAUAGAAACCCACUUAACCAAGUAUUUGACAGGAUCAAUUAUUACUAUACUGUGCGUCUUUGCAAACCGUGGGGGAGGAGGAGUGAAUGAAUGUUUUGUUAAUAGCAGAUGUACCACUGUUCAUACUUGGAUGUAGACUGUGUUCCAUUAACAUCAGAGGAAUUGAGCUUCAUGAAAUGGAUUAUAAUGUUUGUUAAAGAAGGGUCUAAUAAACAUCCAUAUUUUU